AGGACACCUGAGAGACUCCAGUCCUACAAGAAAAAAGGAAAGAAAAUCGGGGAAGUUGCUGAGGAGCUGGGAGCGGCAGCGCGCAGGAAGUGCUGCGUAUGGAAGUACGGGAACAGGGGAGACUUCCUGCUUCUCCGUCCGACAGUACAGGAGCCCGGCCGGGGUGCCGCCUUGUUCGCCACGCCGGAAGCUGAACGGUCCGCUCACAUCUUCGGCAUUUUCGCAGCUCUUCAUCUAGCGUGCGGUUUUUCCCAAGCAGCCUGGGUCGCCAUUCACAUAGGACAGCUGCUGGUGGUGGAGCAGCCUGGUUAAUGUGCCGCCGAUAGGCGAUCAGAGGGGGGAUUUCCCCUGCACGACCCACCAUCGGGGGAAAAGCAUGCCGAGGGGCAGCCUGUGGUAACAUGGGCAGCCCAGCGCACCGCUGCCGGGAUAUUGAGCGUCAGGCUGGCUACCUGCACCCCGAGCAGUGUGCCCCGCCCCCACCACGCACCUCCUCCGAUGCCAUGUGGUUCAUCCGCGAUGGCUGCGGCAUCGCCUGCGGCAUCAUCACCUGGCUGCUGGUCUUCUUCGCCGAGUUUGUGGUUCUCUUCGUCAUGCUGCUACCCUCCAGGAACCUGGCCUACAGCCUGCUCAAUGGCGCCCUCUUCAAUAGCCUGGCGUUCCUGUCACUGGCCUCCCAUUUUAGGGCCAUGUGCACUGACCCGGGCGCCGUGCCGAAGGGGAAUGCCACCAAGGAGUUUAUCGAGAGUCUGCAGCUGAAACCUGGCCAGGUGGUCUACAAGUGUCCCAAAUGCUGCAGCAUCAAGCCGGACCGUGCACAUCACUGCAGCGUCUGCAAGCGAUGCAUACGCAAGAUGGAUCACCACUGUCCGUGGGUCAACAACUGCGUGGGCGAGAACAAUCAGAAGUACUUUGUGCUGUUCACGAUGUACAUUGCCCUGAUAUCCCUGCAUGCCUUGAUCAUGGUGGCCUUCCACUUCCUUUUCUGCUUUGAAGAGGACUGGACCAAGUGCAGUACCUUCUCGCCACCUGUGACCGUCAUCCUGCUCAUCCUUUUGUCAUUCGAGGGGCUACUUUUCCUAAUUUUUACAUCUGUGAUGUUUGGGACUCAAGUGCAUUCUAUCUGUACCGACGAAACGGGCAUAGAGCAGCUGAAAAAGGAAGAGAGGAGUUGGGGUAAGAAGACCAAGUGGAUGAAUAUGAAGGCGGUGUUCGGUCACCCCUUCUCCAUAGCCUGGCUCAACCCACUCGCUACGCCCGACUACGGCAAGGCUGAGCCGUACCAGUACGUCGUGUGAGCUGUGGGCUCUCCCGGACCGCUACGUCCAGCACACACUUUAAAAAAACAAACUGUACACUUCGUCCCUUUCCUUUUUAACAAAGGUUCAGAGGCUUGGAGUCGCUUUUACAUUUGCCAGGACCGAAAAGGCCUUUUUCACGUUUACUUUGCCCGAUGCUCUUAAAACCCACAGAGACUCUCCCUCUGCUUCACUACAAGGUGCCUCACAGCGUGAUUCUUCAAAUGUUUUCCCUGCGAUUUGUGCUGUGCUCUGAGGCAAGGCAAACGUUCUCUGUCAACACAGCUGGGACGGGGGGAGGGCGGAUUGCCAUUGUAUUUUUAUAGUUUUAAGAAUGGAAAUGUCAGUGUUCACAGGACGAGGGAAGGAGGUCCUGCCUGGAAUUGAAGCAGGGCGAGUUCAUAUGGGCUUAAGAUAUGCGAGCAUCUGUGAACAUGACAAUGCUGCUGCGUGUGGCUGGACUGAGUCGUCCAGCUUUGGAGGACCCUCUAAAUGUCCCUCACAGCAGGCUAGCUUGGGGCCCCUGACCUGUUAUGGUGUGUUUGUUUAAGUGUAAAACGUCGGUUAUGUAAUUGGUGAUGGUGUCAUUGGUUGUUUUUCCUGUAAAAUUUCUGUUUUGAGAAACACAUUUUUGGCCAUUUGGUCUUCUGGUUUUUUGGAUUCGCGCUACAGAUCUUAACCAAAAACCGGUGCCGAAUGUGACCAUAGCGCAGCCCUGUGGUCGGCCUGCAGCAGUGGUCUGGUGGGUAGUGGUUCCAUACGUGCUUUUUACCUGGAGCCCUGUAGGGGGCAGUGUGUUCCGUAGUGAUGGCACACUGUCAUCUGCGAGUACAAUGGCUGACUUGACUCAUAAAUGCAUGAGUUAUCUUUUGUCUCCUAAGUGUGUAGGAUGUACUUUAUGGAUGGUAGGUCAAUUGUCUCCAGAAGUUACAGAUCCUCCCGCCCCCCCACCCGCCCCCCAUUUCUGCUCAUAAGUGGCCCUUGUUUCCUGGCUGAGUUGUAGCACAGAGCCUGAGGGCUCGUGCCAGAUGGAGAUGAAUGCGGACCUCGCUCCCCCGGUGCCCCCGGCAGGAUUUAGCUGGGCAGCGACUGGGAGAUGAAUUCUGCCGUAUCCAAGGUGAAAGCUGGUCAUGUGACCCAGCUGGAUGAAGGAUGCUGGCUGUGGCCUGUCCCCAUUACUGUGUGGUGUAGCUUUCCUCUCUACAAAAAACGCUUCUCCCGAGUUGUCAGACUGCUUUCUGCUGGGGGGGGGAGGGGGGUUUGGGAUGCUAACUGAAAGGUAACCAGCGGUGUUAUGAGCUAAAACAGUGCCAAGUCUAUUCUUUUGAAAAGGGAAGAGUGUAAAAUUAAAAAGGACUUUUAGAUCGUACCCUGAAAGCCCCAGUUAACAUGGGUGUUAAAAAGCAUUUGUAAAAAUGAGGGGGGGGGCUCUGUUACUUCACCUCCAAUGAUGUGGCUUUGAAUCCUGCUGUAUGAGAUUGUUCUCCAUGUGCCGUUUGGAUUCCGCCUGUCUAGCCCUGUAGUGCGGAAACGUGCAGCUACGCUAAUUGGUGUCUCUGAAAGCCCUGGUGUGUGUGUCUGCGCCCUGUCAUGGCCCCCCAUCCAGGAUGGACCCCUGCCUUGCUGCCUGCUGCCAGACCCUAUGCAAUCCUGCGGUUUUAAAUAGAAAAGCGACGGAUAAAUGUAUGAAUGGAGAUUCACAAAGACUCAAGGAAUGGGGACUUGUCUGUUUAAAGAUCUUUGUUCAAGGGAUAGGAAAGAAGCAUGAGAUGGGGGGGGGAGCGGGGGGGUCAACAUCAAUGCAGAAAUACUUUAGGUAACCAUCCCAUUCUCCUCCCUCUCCUGUCAUCUUCCUGUGUUUUGGAACCAAUCUUUUCUUCUUCAGUGAAUAAGAACCUGCUGUAUGCACUUAAAGUCAAGGGCUGUAAUUCUCGGUGUUGCGAAAGAAAUACUUGUUUUUAUCUCUUAUAUUAAACCCAGUAAUUUUAAUAGCCAGCUGAAUUUUAUAUGGAUCCAGAUAGUAAAACUGCGUCAACUUGCGCGAGUCCUGACAGUGCGUGAGCAGCAGCUCCACACUCUCUCGUGGCCUCUGGGUUUCGUGAUCUGCUCUGUACCGACGUUCUUUGUUAUUAAAGUUGUGCCAGCGGACCAAAGCUCCAUGUUGAAAUUCUACACGUGUUUCCUCGAGCUGUCUGCCUAUUUUAUCUCUCCAUUUUGAAAUAAAAUUGUUUUCAGCUUCUGGCACCUGGAA